AUGAGCACGCCACGGAGGCGCCUUUUGCGUAGCCCUGACAGCGUCGAGGCUCCACUGCUUAGGAGACGAAUCUGCCGUGAGUCAUCACCAUCUGGUGACGGCAUCGGUAAUGGAGAGCGUCGGGGUGGUCUUUCGCCAACAGAGUGGCAGCAGCUCUACGAGCGUGUGCUGCCUAAUCCGUUUAGCAUGGAUGAUUUUCAGCGUGUUGCACUGGAAGGGAAGUUGCACGAUCACUUUCUUGCGAAGGAUUUGCAUAAGUUGGUUAUGGAGCUUCGCACUAUUUUGGAGAGUCACGGUGAGCUUCGAAUGGCCGCCAACUUGUCUGUUAAAGGGCGUAAAACGGACUUAGCACAUGCUGCUGCUGCUGCGCUGAAGCUGCUAGAGUCGGAGCGUAGGCGUCUUCUUUCUGAGGAUCUCCUCGCGGCAGGGACAGAUGAACGAGAGCUUUCGCCACGUGUCAUGCUUCCUGCACUGCCGGAGCGGCCAGUUACAACGCCGGCAGGGCAACCAGCAAGUCUAAUUCUCUCGACGGGUUGUAUGGGUAGUUUGCGUUCACCUCAGCCACUUACUCCUUGCCCGACUGUGCGUCUCAUGACCUCAAAUCAGGUGGAUCUUGACAACGGUUUUGCUGCAUCAUCACUAACACCAAAAUCCUUAACCUCGGUGCGUGAGGCGGCGGAUGAACUUAUCUUGAUGAACAAUUCCAGUUCUCCUUUUAGUCGCGUGCUGCACAUGGUGAAACGGUUUCAGUUGCGUUUUGGUAGCAUUCCAUUACGGUUUGAGGUUCCUGUACAAUAUGUGGAUGCUGUGGCGUCUCGGCGCCUCCGGGUGCAACUUGCGCCGUUUCGUCAUCCAGCACUUCCGUCGCGCUGGCCCACGGCAAAGGAUAUCGUUGUAUACGUGAACGAUCAAUGCGUCAUGACGCCCUGGAAGCGUUCGUGGCCAGAGCGUCGUGUGGAGGUUGCGAAGUCAUUCCUACCUCUAGAUAUCACACAAUUCCUUAAUCGAAGUAGUGCUUCCCAGAGGUUGCAGAUCAAUAUCUUUUCAAGGGAGUACUUUAGCCAGGUGGCACUGAUGAUUGUGCAGCCGGCGUCACCAGAGGAGGUUACGAGUGAGCUUGUAAGGCCACUAAAUAAUCCACCAGAGGCACGUGACGCCGCUAUCUACGAAUUAUACCAGAGUGUGACGGAGGAUGAGGAUGCCCUUUCAGGCGAGGUCGAAUUGUGCGACCCUGUGGUCACGAGCAAAUGCCCUAUUUUGCAAACACGUAUUGAUGUUCCUAUUCGUGGGACACGUUGCAGACACCUUCAAUGCUUUGACUGCCAAUCGUUUCUGCUUAGCUGCCACAAGGGGUGCUACUGGAAUUGCCCUUUGUGUGACGCAGAACUUCGCCCGAGCGACGUUGUAGUGGACACGGUCUUGUGGCGGUACCUCCAGGAGGCGGGUGAAAGUUGCCCACUUCACCUCCGAUUGUUGAGUAAGAGGUCGGUCGAAAAAAGGGAGAAAAUGAAGAAGGAGAAGGAAGAAGAUUUGGAUGCUGGAAACGGUGAGGUGACGGAGCCUUUUCGUUGGGUGCCUAACCAGCUGACGGGUGGUGUCCACGACGUUGUCCUUGAUGAUGACAAUGACGAAGCGGGAGUGGGGCAAGAGCAUUAUUUGUGCGGCUCACGGCUGUCAGGGAAGGGGGACCACGUGGUUGGGGAGGGAAUUCAUGCGGCUGCGAGCUUUGACAAGCAGUUGGGAACUGCUGAGUGUCCGAUUGAGCUGUGA